UGCAUGCAUGUCGAUAGACGUCAUUUGGUUUUAAUGGCCUACAGGAAAUUUGGCGUUACUACUGGAGACAUUAGGGAAGAGAGGACAGGGAAAAAAAUCGCCGCAUGAAAAGUAUCCAAGGAUAUCUAUUUUUAACAUAUUUUCUUUUAUUGACACUUUUAACAAGUUAGUGCGUCUUUAUAAUAGCUCUAUAAGUAUAUGACUAUAAAACGUGCCCUGUUUUACUUAUUUAACUGGAGAAUGGAAAUGUAUGCCUAGCUGGAAAUGCCUGCGGAAAUAUUACAUCAGACGAAAUGACAAUGAUUAAAAUCUGCUUUUUCCCUGCUCUAAAUCUAUUGAGCGACGUGACACUUGCCUGAUACCGAACAGCAUUUAACAGUUACCCCCCUGCAAACCAGAACUUCAAACCAUUACGGGGGUUGGUCUAUUUUUACUUUUGCCGGAAAAUACGAAAAAUCUAACAUUAAUGAUUACAUCUGGUUGUAGACAAAAAAAAUUGUAUCAGGGAGCGAGUAUCACGUUUUCGUUUUUAAAAUUUGCCUGAGUGCGAGUGGAGUUGAGCUAAUUGUAGCCUAAUCCUUGCCCCAGAGGCGUUUGGGCAGCCCGGAGCAAGAAUUCUUUUUUAGCUCUGCUCUGUUAUUUAGAGACAGGAUUAUUGGCUUUCUUCUACUCAUAACAGACCGGCAGAUUCAUUUAAACAAAAACGCAGUCAAGAAGCUCAAAUACGAAGCAGGAUUUGACCGACUCAAAUUCAUAUAGCCUAAGUGUAUACACAUAAGAAUCGAAAAGAGGAAGGAGAGCUCUUUUCUAUGUAUAAGGAAGGAAGAAGCAUGUCUCGCCUGUCUUUGACCCGGUCCCCGGUAUCUCCUAUGUCCACACAAGGAAUCCCUCUACCGGCUCAACUGACGAAGGCGAAUGCUCCGGUUCACAUUGACGUCGGAGGACACAUGUAUACUAGCAGCCUGGCUACUCUCACCAAAUAUCCAGACUCAAGAAUCAGCCGUCUGUUUAAUGGCACAGAGCCCAUUGUGCUGGACAGUCUGAAACAGCACUACUUCAUCGACAGGGAUGGGGAGAUUUUUCGCUUCAUUCUCAGCUUCCUCAGGACCUGCAAACUUCUCCUCCCAGAUGACUUUAAGGACUUCCACCUGCUGUAUGAGGAGGCUCGGUACUACCAGCUGUCUCCCAUGAUCAAGGAGCUGGAGCGCUGGAAGCAGGAGAGGGAGCAGCGCCGGACGGCCCAGCCCUGUGACUGCCUGGUGGUGCGGGUGACCCCUGACCUGGGGGAGAGGAUCGCACUCAGCGGGGAGAAGGUGCUCAUCGAGGAGAUCUUCCCCGAGACCGGAGACGUCAUGUGUAACUCGGUGAACGCUGGCUGGAACCAGGACCCCACGCAUGUUAUUCGUUUCCCCCUAAACGGCUACUGCAGGCUCAACUCUGUCCAGGUCCUAGAGCGCCUCUUCCAGAAGGGUUUCAGCGUGGCAGCGUCCUGUGGCGGUGGAGUUGACUCCUCCCAGUUCAGCGAGUAUGUGCUGUGUCGUGAGGACCGGCGGAGCAUGUCCAUGAACACCCCCAUCAGGAUAAAACAGGAGCCCCUGGACUAGAGCGGGACUCUGGGAGAGGAGAGGGACUUGCCACAAGUGGCCGUUCGCCCCCCUACUGGACAGAACUGAUUCAUUCCUAAUAUCCUCAGCCUCACACCCCAAAGCAAACCCAUCAAGAAACACCUAAGUAUUAGCAGACGCCCGAUUAACGUGCCAGCUCUGCGGAACUCAGUGAUCUAAGGGGAAUGUAGUAUCAAACUCAUAAAAGACAAGUAUUCGAUUCUGUUUAAUAAUAACGCCCAAAGAAAUACGAGACUCCGUGAUGAACAAAAAGACUGAAGCAGCAGCCUGAUCUCUUGAACCGUUUUAGUACCGUGACCGAUCUCUUUUUCCGCCAGUUGAAAGGCUCCCUGAACCCUGAGACGAGGUGCCCUGACCUCAGCGAGGGGACGGCCCCGCUCCAACCCCAGCUCAGGGCAGCACAUGGUGGUGUGUUGUCCAGUCCUGUACGUGUCGGUGUGAGGCCCAUGUGUUGUGUGCACUGGCCAGUACCGCUGAGUGGGGACAAGACAGGUCCUAUUUAGGGAGUUCUAUCCUGACAGGGCUGGCAGAGAGGAAGAGGACCAAGCACUAGAGAAAGGAAGUGACAGAGCCCAAACACAGUCGGUCACGCCAGCCCUGUGGCCAUCCACCCCACCUCUCUCUUACUGUAUAGUCAACAGCCGGGCCUCACGGCCAUUGGAGGCCAAGGCAGAACCAGCGUUGUUUGCCAAAUUGAUUGUUUUUCUUAUUUUCACUGUUGUUUAAAAAGUAAACUUUUUUCUGUUUUAUCACAACAUGGUGUAAAAUAAUUAUGAAUAGGAUUAUAUUGUAUGUUUUUUUCCCCUCCUAUAUGAAGGAUGUUUGAAUGUUGUAUUCAAAAGUCAUUAGGUUUGAAAGCUUGAGAGAGAGAGAGAGUUUCUUGGCACUGUCUAUAGAAACACUAUUAUGUCCUGAGGCUACAUGGCUAAAGCAGCAGUCUGGCUGGUAAUGCAUUCAGAGCUGGAGAUGGUCUCAUUGUUUAAAUGUGGCUGCAAGGAAACCUGAUUAUUUCAAAAUCUUUUUGAGAAUAAAUAUGUAGCAUGCAUUGGCAUUGCUGCAAUUAGCUGUAAAACAUAUCUUAAAACAUUCAAAUAACAUUCACAACGUGAGAGAGUAUAUAUUUAUUAAAAAGCUAAAAGGUAAAAGUAAAAUUAUCUGCAUUGUGAAACAAGAAAAAUCUGAAUUAAAUUGUAUAUGAAGGCUCUGAAUGUGUUGCCGAUUGGUUGUCAAAUGCCAGAAUGUUGAUGACUUGAAAACUAACAUGAACAUGAACUGAAAUAUGUCAGUAUAUCUUGAUUGUGAUGAGAUGUACUCUAAAUGCUUGAUAACUUUUGUUUGCACUUAUAACACAUCAUCUACUGCUUUCCUCCACAAAGUUACUAGUAUACAUCCUUAUAACUAUCAACAAAUCACCCCAUACAUUAUCUCAUACUGUUUUUUGACACAUUUACAUGUCGAGAGUCCAAAACAAUGUAACUAAUAGCAAACAUGGUGAUAAAGCUGAGGUGCCUAUUUGAUGAUUGUACAAAGUUUCAAAUUGUGUAUUCAUACAAUAACCCAAACAUAGAAGCCCCUAAUAUUUGUCUUGUUGAAUAUUGUUGGUGCAUCUAUCUGAGAUGACUCAAAGUUGGCAAAACCUUUACGGGUUCUUUCAUUAUUGUCACUUCACUUCUAUGGCAGGAUUAUUUCAAUGGCUGUUCACAUGGCUGUAGCUACUAAAAUUAACUGUAAGCUGAGCAUCAGAGCAUUGUUUACAGAAAAACAGAGUGGGAGGCACUUACUCCAUCCUGCUCUAAUUCAGUGGUUUGAUUCUCUAAAUAUCUGGAUCAAAGAGAGAAACAAGAAAGAAUGAGUACAAGUUUUCAUACUUUGUGUAUCUGUGUAACUUAGAUUCUGUUUCUUCCAUUUCUAAGGACUUGAGGCCCAUUCCGAUCUUGGUUCAGCACAGGCUAGUUAAUAUGAGCUUGGUUUGAAACCUCCCCUAUGGGGUGUUUUCAUUAAACAUUCUGAAAAUGCAUUAGAUGGUAUGGUACUCUAAUUUCAACCAACCAACUCUUCACUUGGCCCUAAUGUGUCGAGUGUCCACACUGUAGAUGUUCCCUGAUUAAAUAAGCCCCAGGACUUCUUCGAUCUUCAGUUCUUAAAGAUGCUUAGUUUAGCUCCAAGUAGUCCAGAAGACAGCGCAGACCUCCUGGGUGCCAAGGCUCCCUCCCAAUCAGGCUCCUCUUUGUUCUGACCUGCUACUGGCCUGGGCCCUUGUAUCCAGUCGCCUCAAAGGGAAUGGCCAACCAGGCUUUUCAUGUUGUGAAGGGAUGUCGAGCUUCAGAGCCCAGUACCAUCCAAGGCUCCAGGCUCCAGUAUUCUCGCAGCUCCUGAGCAGUGGCAGUAGUGACAUGGGUUGUGCCCCCCACUGCGUCAUCACAUUCCCAGACCCUUGUGUACAGAGCACUCUCCCACAGUACACUCCCUCCUUAUGUUACCCCCUCACUGCACUGCACCACACCAGGACAAACAAACUGAUGAGUCAAAACUUAAUAUAGAAACAAUCCCUGCCUGUUUUAUGUCCUCUGGUAGUUGUAGAUUCAACUCUCCAUUUCAAGGUAACGGUUCAGUUCUAAAUGACUCUGAAUCUUUAAGUUGCAGCAUUUAGCUAAUCUCCAUCUGUUAAUUUCCUUGUUGAUACAAGAGUGAAGUGAUUCACAAAUACCUCUUACAGGUGGCAGGUUCUUACAGAUACCUCAUCACAUCACCAAGCCAUUUCCUCUAACAUACUGUAGGUUUUCAAACAGACCAUUUACUUAGAGUAUUUUGUGGUCAGUAAGAUGAAAGUCCAUAAUAAACAAGUUCUACUAGGUUUAGGGAAAAUUAGAAAAUUCUGAAUUUGAACAGUGACAAAAAAUGUUACUUGAAAUGGCCUCACACACCAUGAAGCAGAAUUUAAAUGAAGUAUAAUUUCAACCAAAAUGUCAAAGAUGUAAAACUUUUUUGUUAGAUGUUAGAUGAUUUCCUUCCAUACUGGAGUGUUUAACAUGCAUUCUUGGAAUCUUUUUCCCCCAUGAUAUUAAGGGAAAUAUUCAUUACGAUAUAUAACCUGGAAAAUUAUCUUAGAUUUUCUCUAGGCCACUGUUUUUAAAUUAAAUGAUUCUAGAAAAAUGUUCAAACUCAUGGCAUGGUGUUUGUAACCAUACAUUAAGGCAAUUCAACUCUGGGCCUCGAGGGCCCUGUUUUCUGUUUCUACCUGCUACAUAAUUGUACUCAUCUUGUGUCUCAGGCAGGCCCAGAUCUAUUGGGGGGUGGGGUACCUCUGAUAGCCUCUGAAUAGCAGGAGAGGUUGUAAACCAAUAAGGGUUUCAGUUUCAAGGACCAAAGUUGAAUAGUCCAGCCAUACAUUAUGUUAGUAGGAACUUCGCUAUAGUAAAACAAAUAAUGUUAAAUAAGCCAUUUCAACUUGAAUUUCAUUGAAUUAAUCUCUACAUCUUUUAAGUGAAUUGCAGUUCGCAACUCAUUUCAGGAUGAACCCAACCCUGAGUCCUACCACUUGUCAAUGUUGUCUGGAGGUCAGUUGUACAGUUUUUUUGUAUAUUAAAUUGUUAGCAGGACUCUGCUUUUACUGGGCUUUUAUUGAGCUCUCGAUCGUGUUAUAAAAAGAGACCUCCCAAGUCCUCUCACUAACUACCAAACAAAAAGAAUGGAAAUCAUUUCAAAUUUGCGAGCAUUGUUUUGUACAUAUGGAUUAAAAACAUUUUAAAAGGGUAUACUAAAGGUGCAAAAUGUAUAUUAUUUAAAACGUUUUAAUAAUUAGACUGUGGUAUUAAAGGGCAUGUGUUCACUU